CCAACGCCAUGUACACACAGCCUUGUAGCGACGACGCCGGACUCUGCGCCUGUUUCCUCGGGAGUAAAUCCACGCUGCGCAGGCUUGUUGCAACAGCCGCUCCCUCUGGGAUGCUAUGCCAGUCCUGUCGGACGCAGCGCGGCCUUUUCCUAUUUAUUACUCCCGGGUAAAUGCAUGCACGGGACCGGAGAGGCCUCGAGCUUGUCGGGGCGUCGUUGCAACUGCAGGCCAGCCCCGCCCCGGCCCCGAGAAAGCACCUGAAGCGGCGCGAAGAAUCCCCGGGAGCCGAUUGCCGUUGCAGGCGGGCCGGACCAGCGCUGCUCCUCCCUCCCGGAGGGCCCUCCUUUCCCGGCAGCCCCGCGCUUCCUCCUCCUCCUCCUCCUCCUCCUCCUCCUCGCGGGGACAAAAGCGAAAGUGAACCCAGACGCGCCACCGCCGCCGCCAUCCAGAGACGCGAUUGCUGUUUCGCGAUCCGGACACCGCUGCAGGAGAUGGAGGAAGAAUUUGAGUUCUUGCUGUGCGGGAGGUGCCGGAGAGAGGCCAAGGACCCCAAGCUCCUGGCCUGCCUUCACACUGUCUGCAUGGAGUGCCUGGAGGACAACAAGCCCGUGGGCCAGUGUCCCGUCUGCCGGGUUCCCCUCGCGCGUUCCGGCGGCGCCUCCUUCCAGGACAAUGUGCUCUUUGCAAGCCUCCAGGCCAAGCUGAACACCUACCGGAAGAUCGCCAGUGACAGGGAUUUGGUAUGCGAUAACUGCAAAGAUGCAGCCGAGUUCUGGUGCUCUGAGUGCUCCGAGUUCCUCUGCCUGAAAUGCUACAAGUCUCACCAGUGGUACUUGAAGCAGAAGAGCCACGAGACCCAGAAACUGGCCGAUCUGAAGAAGGAUACUGCCCAGAGCUUCCUGGAGGCGGCAAAGAAGUCCAGCAACCUUUUAUGUUCGGAGCACACCCAGGUUGUAAGCAUCUACUGCCGCGGGUGCCGUAAGCCCCUCUGCUGCUCCUGCGCUCUGCUCGAUGGCGAGCACUACAACGCCAAGCUGUACUGCGACAUCCGUGCGGAAAUCGAAGGCAGGAAGGAGGAGCUGGGGAAGAUAAAGGCGGAGCUUGGCGAGAAGAGGAGGAGCUACGAGAAGACGUACAGCACCGUCCACGAGCGGCUGCAGCAGCUGGAGAAGGUGCGCAACGAGACCCGAGACGAGAUCCAGGAGAAGGUGGAGGAGAUGGUCCAGUGGAUUCGGAAGAAGGGGGAGGAGCUCCUGGAGAAGGUGGACAGCCAGCUCCACCAGGAGCGCGAGGACGUGCAGAGGAAGCUGCAGUGCGCCGAGCGCAUCGUCAAGAGGUUGGAGUCCAGCGAGCGGCUGGUGGAGAAGAUGAACCUCUUUGCUUCGGACCAGGAGGUGUUGGACAUGGCCCCCUUCGUCAAGGACUCCCUGGACGAUCUCCGCAGGGAGAAGGUGCUGUCCGUGGGCCUCCGGGUCCAGGCGGAUAACAUCUCGGAGGUCAGAGGCGAACUCCAGGCCCUGUUCAAAAGGGUCAGAGGGUGCGAAGAUGCUGUUGGCUGCCCUCCUUCUGUUUCUCUGCCAGGUGCCCCAGUGGUCGCUUCGAAAGGUCUUCAUAAUGAGAAAAGCCAGUCAAGGACCCCCCAGGCACCAACGUUCACCCUCAGUCUCAAAAAGACACCUCAUGGAUUUGUCUCCUCAAUGACCUCCCCAAUGAAACGGUUGGUGGGACGGAUGGAAAAGUCCGUUCAGGCUUCUCCCAAAGUGAUGAAGCUGGAGGACCACGACCCUGACGACGGGCAGACUUCUGAGCAGCAAGUCCAGGAUGCUGGGCUGAGUUCCUGGUCCCCUUCCCCCCGCGAGUCGACCCCAGAGAGGGAGCAGAGUGGGCCGGUCAACUCGGUGGAGCUCUUGGAGAAUUCUGUGCAUGAGAUCUGUGAAUCGGAGGUCGCCAGCAUCCUGAUCAGCAGUUCCGAGGACACCGAAGACGACAUGAUGUGAUUGCCCGCCGCCGCUGGAAUGUCUGCCCAAGGUCUUAGCGGGUGUCGACAGCAGCAGGGCAGAGGGUGGUGCCUUUUCCAAAGCUGACCUCGAAACCCCCAGCCGUGACAUCGCUUGCCAAGAUGCCCACAUCUCUCUUGCUGGCUGGCUGCCUCCUUCCUUCCGCUGCCUGAUUCUACAGAGAACGUCUUUCUCGAAGUUCGUUUGCGCAUGGACAGUCCUGCUCAUCCCGGGGUUGUGUUGAGCUGUGUCCCUCUUGACCCUGAGGCUGCCCACUCUUCAUUCCUGCCUGGGCAACACAAGAGCCUUUAGGUGAUGCUACUGCCGCAAUACCUUAUGAGUACUUAGCAUCCACCAGGAGAAACAGCUGAUCACAGGCAGAUCACAGACUUCUGAGAAGGAACAUGGGUUUCCCUGGUCAGCAAAGAAUUUUACCUUAAGCCCAUCCGUGGGCCAAGGCCCAUCGAUUCUCCCCAAUGGCUUGCUCCCCCUCUCCUUUUUUUCUGGCAAGGGCUGGUGGCAGUCUUAAGCAGCUGAGAUUUGGCCUGUGCCAUCCCUCCUGUCCAAUUAUUAGCUUAGGAACUUUGUACGGAGCUAUUGUCACGAAACAAGUUUAAUGUGGAAAGCUUGACUGUUUGCUACAUGCACCCCCUCAGAUCAUUUCUCUCCUGUCAUGGGAACAGAUGCCUUGAACAGGAGCCUUGAAAAAAUCAAAGGAGGGUUGGCAAGACUGAAUGUUACGCUCAGUUUUUUUAUUAUGAGGACUGGAAAUUCAGAACAUCAGGACUGCAGUUCUGGGUCAGAGCAAAGGCACAUCCCGUCUUCCAGCCAGAUGCCUAGAAGAGCGCGAAAACAAAACUAUGCCGUGAUAAAUCCCUGAAACGAGAUAUUGAUAAAGUGAUAAAAUACUAAAAUCCAACUAAUGGUUACCCAAAGAAACCUAAUAGGUUUAGAUUUCCCAAAAGAAACUUUGAUAUAGAAAAGGAAUGAUUUUCUCAAAGUAACCUCUAAAUAAAGUAAACCUUGACGAGGUGCCGGCUAAGUGACUCGUUUCGCGGGAAAAUCUCUAUCUGUUUCCUCAGAAGGAAAAUGUCUAGGGGCUGAGGUUUCUUUAUAAUCAAAAACUAAACAGGAGCUGUAAACUCUGAAAAGGAUUGAAAAUUACGUAGCAGCCAGGGAUAAACUUCCCUAAGAUAUGACUAUAGUUGUUUAAACUAAAGGUUAGCUAACCUAUGGGACAAUUCAACUAAUGAAUAUCAUUGCUCUUAGGAAAAGAUUAAGUAAAGGGCUGUAAAAGCUCUCCUAGUUGUGAUGUUGUGACGCCAUUGUUCAGACUGCUCUAGAAGAAGCAGGAACUCAAUAGCCCCACCUGGAUUCCUGCCCAUGAUUCACUUCAGAAAUUCAC